AUGGCCUUUGCCCACCCUCUCAAGAAAUUACUGGAAGAAGUGGUCUGUCCCAUCUGUCUGGAUUUUUUCAACGAUCCAGUAAGCAUAGACUGUGGACACAACUUCUGCCGAUUUUGUAUCACAGAAUACUAUGACAAGUGGGAAAUUGAAGAAGAGGGAGUUUUCUGUCCACAGUGCAGGAAAAAAUUCAGGAAAGAGAAAUGCAAGACCAACUGGCAGCUUGCCAGCAUGGUGGAACAUAUCCAACAAUUAGGGAUAAGACCUGAAAACCUGAAAAAGCAGAUAGUCUGCAGGCAGCACAAGGACACACUAAAGCUGUUCUGUGAAGAUGAUGAUGAGGUGAUUUGUGUGGUUUGUGACAAAACCCAGCAACACAGAUCUCACACUCUGGUACCCAUCGAGGAGGCUGCUCAGGAUUACAAGGUGAAACUCCAAAAAGACAUUGAGCUUCUGAAGAAAACGAUGGAGGAGAUUUCAAAGCUGGAAUCCAGAGAGCGGAAUAAACCACAGAACUGGAAAGAAACAGUAAAGUGUCAGAGACAGAAAAUCUUGUCGGAAUUUGAGAAACUACAACUGUUGAUGAAUGAAAAAAAGAAACACUUUCUCCAAAGACUGGAGGAGGAGGAGGAGGAGACUCUGCAGAGGCUAAAUAAAAAUAUAGUCAAACUCUCCCAGCAAAGCUCCUCUCUGAAGAAGCUGUUCACAGAGAUAGAGGAGAAGUGUCAGCAACCAGCUGCUGAGCUGCUGAAGGAUGUAAAGGGCACACUGGCCAGGAGUGAGCAGGAGAGACUGCAGGAACCAGAGCUCAUUGCUGCUGAACUGAAGGAUGCGUACAGAGUCCCUGGCAUGAUGGAAAUGCUGCGGGAAUUCACAGUGGAUGUGACUCUGGAUCCAGACACGGCUCAUCCCAACCUUGUCCUGUCUGAGGAUGGGAAACGUGUAAGAUUCGGAGACAUUCGACAGGAUCUGCCUGACAAUCCUGAGAGAUACGAUACUUACCCUGAACUUCUGGGCACUGAGGGAUUUAGAGGUGGGAGGCAUUACUGGGAGGUGGAGGUGGGAGAAAAAAUCCACUGGAUUCUGGGGGUUUGUAGGGAAGCUGGGAGCAGGAAGGGGCAGAUCGCAGCAUCACCUGAGAACGGAUACUGGACAGUGUCUCUGAGGAACGAUGUCUAUGAGGCCCUCACCUCCCCCUCCACCUCUAUCCCCAUAAGAACUAGGCCCAGCCAGGUGGGGAUUUUCCUGGACUGUGAGGCAGGAGAGGUCUCAUUUUACAAUGUGACUGACAAAUCCCAUCUCUUCACUUUCACUGACACUUUCUCCGGGAUACUCCGCCCUUAUUUCUUCACUGGUUACAAUGCUGGGGGUAAAAACACAGCUCCCUUGAUAAUCUGCCCAGUUCCAGCUAAGGCCAGAAUGAAUCUCUGUCCCUGACAGUGAUACCCACACCUAGGGUGAUCAGAUAGAAAGUGUGAAAAAUUGGGAUGGGAGUGGGGGGUAAUAGGUACCUAUAUAAUAAAAAGCCCAAAUAUCAGGACUUUCCCUGUAAAAUCAGGACAUUUGGUCACAUUACCCACAGUCAAGAUUGUCCCCUCCCAGCAAAGACCAGCCCCCAGGCCUAUUCCCACGGGGAUGUUAUAAAUGGCAUCAACUCCUUGCUCCCUGCUGCCCCAUUCCCCUCUCAGUUCCCAGUACCAGGCCUGUGAGAUGGGGAAUGAGGAAAAGGGCAAAGAGGUGGGCUGGGGGAGCCAGUUGCAGGUGCAGAGCGGGUGCAGGCUGCUGGGUUGUGGCAGUGCAGGGACAGAGGGUUGGGUGGGUGCAAUCUCAGGGAUGACUGCUAUGAGGAGGGGGCUGCAGCAGCAGGAAGGGAACAGUCCAGGUCUAAAGAGGAAAACUUGAUGGAAGGGGGGAUGUAAUGAGACAGGGGAGGGGAGCCACAAGGAGGAAGCGUGACACACUGGACCCCAAAGCGACUCCCUGCCAUAUUUACCACGGUGAUAUGAUUAUGAUAUGUUUUGUACAAAGUAUGCCUUGUAAGGUAUCAUUUAAUCUUUUGAACA